UUCAUUCAGGAGGUUGUAAACUACUCUCACAAAAAAACCAAAAGCCUUAACCCCUCUUUCUCUCACAACCAUCCCCUACUUUUCUUUCCAUCAAUUAGCACAAACAAAAAAAACAAACUCCCCCAUCACUUUUCCCGCCAAACACAAACUAAAUCAGUUAUUCCACUUCUUGGUUCAUUGUGAACACAACAACUAAAACAACUUUGUUUUUUUCUUCACAUAUAAAGUCCAACCCUUAACCCUAAGUGCUUCAUGCAAAGAAACAAGUCACUUUGUGUUUGCCCCAUUUUGAGUACUCUUCAAUCUAGUGUCUUAUUCGUGAUGGGUAGCAGUACUACUACACAAAGAUCACAUUGUUGGCAUUAUUGGGGCAUCAUUGUAGCAUGGCUUACAUUGUUGGAAAUGAAGAUGAUGGUGCAUUAUGUGAAUGGUGAACUCAAUUACAAGGAGGCUCUCACCAAGUCAUUAAUAUUUCUAGAGGCACAAAGAUCAGGAAAACUCCCUUCCAAUAACAGGGUACCUUGGAGAGAAGACUCAGCCCUAGAUGAUGGAAAACUAGCUAAUGUGGACCUUGUUGGAGGUUACUAUGAUGCUGGGGAUAAUGUAAAAUAUGGCCUCCCAAUGGCUUUUACUAUUACAACCCUAUCAUGGGCUGCAAUUUUUUACAAAUCAGAAUUAGAAGCUACAAAUGAAAUGGGGAAUGUUCAUGAUGCCAUUAGAUGGGGCACUGAUUAUUUUCUCAAAGCUAGUUCUAGACGCAAAAGAUUAUAUGUCCAGGUAGGGGACCCGGAAGAGGAUCACCAUUGUUGGGUUCGACCGGAAAAUAUGAAGACGAAAAGAACGGUUUUGAAGAUUGAUAGUAACACGCCAGGGACUGAGAUUGCAGCUGAAACCGCGGCGGCAAUGGCGGCUGCUUCUAUCGUUUUUAGGGACUCUGAUCGUAAAUAUUCACAUAGUCUCCUUAACAAAGCGAAAUCGCUUUUUGUAUUUUCGAAAUCACACAAAGGAACCUAUGACGGAGAGUGUCCCUUCUACUGCUCUUACUCAGGCUAUAAUGAUGAACUUAUGUGGGCAGCAACAUGGUUAUACAUGGCUACGAGGAAGCCUGCGUAUUUGAAGUACAUAGAAGAAGAAUCGAUAAGUGCUAGCGUAACAGAAUUUAAUUGGGAUCUUAAAUAUGCAGGAGCCCAAAUCCUUCUUACCAAGUUACAUUUUGAAGGAACAAAGAAUUUGGACACAUUCAAAGUUCAUGCCGAUAGUUUCAUAUGUUCAGUUCUUCCGGAAAGUCCCUAUCAUCAAAUUAACUUAUCCCCUGGUGGGUUCGUUCAUUUGAGAGAUGGUGCCAACACACAAUAUGCUACCGGGACAGCAUUGUUGUUCACUGUGUAUGGUGAUUUGCUUGCCAAACAUAAACAGAAAAUCACUUGCGGAGACAAACAAUUUGAUCCCUCUCACCUCCUCUCCUUUGCUAAGAUACAAAUGGAUUAUAUACUAGGGAAGAACCCUGAAGGAAGAUCAUACAUGGUAGGGUUUGGGAAGAACCCACCAACACAAGCUCACCAUAGAGGUGCAUCCAUGCAAAAGUUGCCAAAGGAUGAAGAAGUAAACUGUCCCACGAGCUUCUCAAAAUGGUUGAAUAAAGACCAACCUAACCCCAAUGAGCUCACCGGUGCUAUUCUUGGUGGACCUGACGGCAAUGACAAGUUCAAAGACAAGCGUUGGGAAUCUGUUUACACUGAGCCAUGCACAUACAUUAAUUCUCUAGCAGUUGGACCUUUAGCCAAGCUUGCAUCUUUGUCUUAAUUAAUAAAAGUCUUAGUUACUAGUAACUUGCUUGGAAUGCUAAAAAUUAGAAUUCA